AUGCCUACGCCGACGAAACAGCCCCAGAAGAAUGCCUUCGACAUCCGUCUCGCAGAGUCCGUGGUGUUCCUCCGCGCAGGAGAUGCCACCGGCAGACCCCGCAACAUGCAGGCCGACGCCCCUCCUGGCAUGCUUCGUGGGCUGCUAACGCUCACGCUCGUCAAGCCGACGAAGAUCUCCAGCAUUGAAAUCGAGCUGGUGGGAAAGACGAGCACGGCCUGGCCUGAAGGAGUGGGCGCGCGCCGUGUCGAAGUCACCGAGGAGCACGAGAUCUACGCACAGUCAUAUAUCCUCUUUCGCGCUGGCUCGGAGACACCAUACAGGAACAGCCGGCGCACGCUCUCCGUGGGUCCUGGCAUUGCGCUCGACCGUGAUGACGACGACCGCUCCGAAUCCUCGAGUGAAGAUAUGCACGGUACGGUUCACCGGCCGCCCAGUGAUGAGCGGAGGGGCCGUGACCGAGGUCCGCCACCGGCACUUCUGAACAACGCAUUCGCGUCGAGGCGAAAUAUGAGCGUCGACCAGACGUAUUUCCAGCGUGAUUACGUCGCGCACCGCGACAACGGCCUCCCCCCUAUAUUGACCGCUUCACCCCCUUACACACCGACCGCAGAGACCGUUCCACAGCAUGCAUUCAGUCCGACGCUCCUCACCCCCGCCGCGUCCGUCUCGCAUCGCAUGAACACCGUCGACGAGCUACCCACCCAGGAGGCUGCCUCGUCUGCGGACGAGUACGGCCAGGGUCGCAGCUCCGAACCGGACACGGAACGCAGCAGCCUCGCAUCUGCGCGACACCCGUCUCCUCUUCACCGGAUGGGCGGGUCCUCCGCGUCUAGCCUGCGCCUAACCAGCAGCUCGCACUCGCAAUCUGCGCGCCCGUCGUUAGACGACGAACGCCCUGAGUUCCUCGUCGGGAGCAGCCAUAGCCCUCUGCCCACCCCGCCUGCGUCCGCCCCGGCCACGCAGCGUUCGCUCUCGCGUUCGGCCGACCAGCGCAAUCAGCGCCAUCAGCGCGAAGGCUCGUCGGACUUCCGGGAGCAUGCGGACGACGGGCGCGGACGGAAGCACAAGCGGUUCAGCUUCGCGAACGUGUCGAACGCGCUGCUGGACGUCGUCAUGGACCGUGUGCGCUCACGCUCGCGGUCGUCGUUCCCGGACGGCUACGGAGGCGACGCUACGCCCCCUCGGGGGCGCACGCGCGAGCGUCCAUUCGAAGACGUAUUCCACGACGACGACGAGGGCCCGCCUGCGAGGGACCGCGAGCGCUCUACCCUCGAACGGGUCAGCGAAGUGCUGGGAUUAGACGGCGAGGAUGGGAAGGAGUGGGGAGAAGGCUGGAAGGACUCGCCGCCGACGCUGCACUGCGACCUCGGGCACGUGACGUGGAAGCUGAAGGCGUAUGCGCACCGGCCGGGGACGUUCACGACGAAGAUGUCCGCGGCGCAGGAGAUCACGGUCGUUACGUGUCCGUCGGAAGAUGACCUCGAGGAGACGGAGAGCAUCAUCGUCGAACGCCAGUGGGACACACAGAUGCAGUACCUCAUCACCAUCUCUGGGCGGAGCUUCCCGAUUGGCGGGGUUAUGCCCAUCAGCUUGACCUUCAUGCCCUGGACGAAGAUGAAGAUCUACAGAAUCUCCGUACUUAGCAGCACCCGAAUGUGUGUGCUUUUCGUGGGAAGUACGCGUGGGAGUGCGGCGUGGGGGCGGGGCGGGGAUCGUCGCACGGCGGGCGUGGGUGUUUUACGUGCGAGCACGGCGAUUGGCUGGCGAGAGACAACGCGACGUUUUUCCCAAGUCCAAAAACGUACUUUUUUCGGGCAUAGUUUCGCCUCCCCGCAGGGAGCUCGCGUGUUAUGGGGUGCUGAAACUUUUUCUGCCACGCGCAAACGGGUCCCGGUAUGUACAUGCUGA